AUGAAAGUCAGCUUCGCAGUUCAAGUGUUGAGCAAUACAGUGGCCGAAGCUCUCAAGCGGCACUAUUUAUCAGGAGAGGCAAGUGAAACAGCCAAGUUUUGUCAAAUGAUGAACGACUUCUUUGAUUGCAUGAAUGUCCAUUCAACUUCAGAGCAUCAAAGAAAGCGCAAUCCACGACUGGCUCCAUACCAACACAUAGAUGAUAGCAGGUUUGAUUGCCUAAACAAUAAAUUCUUACAAUACUUGACAAGCUGGAAAUCAUCGAUUGAUUCGAGAGGUCCAUUCUCAGAUGAUGACAAAGGGCGUAUGUUCUUGAGUGUCCAAACCUUCACUGGCCUGAAGAUGAUGGUAAAUUCAGUUGUUGCCCUGACAAGGUUUUUGUUGAGCGAAGGAUUCGAGUUUGUGCUCACAGAGCAUUUUUGCCAGGUGUCGAAGAGUAUGAUGUCGAAGAGUACUUUGGUUACCAGCGAGCACAAGGAAGAAGAAAUGAUAACCCAACAGCAGUUGCGUUCGGGUAUAAUGACCUCAAGAUUGCAACGUUGAGAGAUGUUGCACACCACACUCCAUUGAAGGAAAUGUUUCUGGAUGACAUUUCUGGUAAGCGAAGCAAGAACAAAAAACCAACCAAGAAAUAG